UUGCGCAGUGUGCAUUUUGGGUUGCGGCGCUUGCUAGGCUGGAAAAGGGCGGAGAUUCCGCCUGACCGAAGUGGGCGCGCUCACCUGCGGCCGAGGGAUAACUUCUCUGGCCGGGUUCUCGAGCUCUGCUGAGUCACCGGGGAGAAUACCAAAGAGAGAGCGUUUUCGUUCUGUUUACGAAGGCGUCUCUCCUGUGAUUAGUGACUUUGUCAUGCCGAACUCGCGGCCCAGGCCCCGCCGGGGCGCCCGGGGUGGCACCGGGGCAGCCGGCCGGGACGAGCUCGUGUCGCGGUCCCUGCAGAGCGCCGAGCACUGUCUGGGCGCCCAGGACUUCGGCACCGCCUAUGCCCAUUACCUCCUCGUGCUCAGCCUGGCGCCGGAGCUGAAAGACGACGUGAAGGAAACUUUUCAGUACACGCUCUUCAGAUGGGCCGAAGAGCUUCAUGCUCUCAGUCGAAUACAAGACUUACUUGGUUGCUAUGAGCAGGCCUUGGAACUUUUUCCUGAUGAUGAAGUGAUUUGCAAUAGUAUGGGGGAGCAUCUCUUCAGGAUGGGCUUUAGAGAUGAAGCAGCUGGGUAUUUUCAUAAAGCAGUGAAGCUAAACCCUGAUUUCAAUGAUGCCAAGGAAAAUUUUUAUCGUGUUGCAAACUGGUUGGUGGAACGCUGGCAUUUUAUUAUGCUUAACGACACCAAGAGGAAUAUGGUGUAUAAUGCAGCAAUCCAGAAGGCUGUUACUUCAGGGUCCAAAAGUGUUUUGGACAUUGGAGCAGGAACUGGAAUACUAAGCAUGUUUGCUAAAAAGGCUGGAGCACACUCUGUGUAUGCCUGUGAGUUAUCCAAGACCAUGUAUGAACUUGCCUGUGAUGUAGUAGCAGCAAACAAGAUGGAUGCAGGGAUCAAACUGUUACAUAUGAAGUCACUUGACAUAGAGAUUCCAAAACACAUUCCUGAAAGAGUGUCCCUAGUUGUAACAGAAACUGUCGAUGCAGGUUUAUUUGGAGAAGGAAUUGUGGAGAGUUUGAUUCAUGCAUGGGAGCAUUUGCUUUUGCAACCAAAGGCCAAAGGUGAAAAUGGUAAUUGCGAAAAGUAUGGGAAAGUUAUACCAGCAAGUGCUGUAAUAUUUGGGAUAGCAGUAGAGUGUGCAGAGAUAAGAAGACAUCAUAGAGUGGGUGUGAAGGAUGUUGCUGGUAUUCAUUUGCCAUCAAAUGUGAAAUUUCAGAGUCCAGCAUAUUCUUCUGUAGAUACUGAAAAAACGGUUGAACCUUAUACAACUGAAAAGAUGAGUCGAAUUCCUGGAGGAUAUCUGCCUUUGACAGACUGCUUUGAAAUUAUGACAGUAGAUUUCAAUAAUCUUCAGGAAUUAAAAAGUCUUGCAACUAGAAAGCCAGAUCAGAUUUGUAUUCCUGUUAUGAAAGAAGGCAUUCUAGAUGCUAUUGUGGUUUGGUUUGUGCUCCAGCUUGAUGAUGAAUACAGUCUAUCCACAAGUCCCAGUGAAGCAACAUGUUGGGAACAGGCUGUCUACCCUGUACAGGACCUUGCAGACUACUGGAUAAAACCUGGGGACCAUGUGAUGAUGGAAGUGUCUUGUCAAGAUUGUUACUUAAGAAUCCAGAGUAUCAACAUCUUGGAUUUGGAACAUGAAAUGGAUACUACAAAAAGUUUCAACAAGAAUAAAGACUUGUUAUCUUUGGGAAAUGAGGCUGAACUCUGUAAUGCCCUUGCUAACCUUCAGACCAGUAAACCAGAUGCUGUAGAACAGACAUGUGUAUUGGAAUCCACAGAAAUUGCUUUGCUUAAUAACAUCCCAUAUCAUGAAGGCUUUAAAAUGGCGAUGAGAAAAGUAUUGUCUUCCUUGACACCAGAGAAACUGUGUCAGGCCAUGGAUACACACUGUCAGGAUAAUGAGAUGAGCUCUGGAGCCGAACAGAGUAAUAUUGCAGAGAGCACCCCUGAGCCUUUCUACAUAUUAGAUGUGUCUGAAGGCUUCUCCAUUCUGCCUGUAAUUGCUGGCACACUUGGGCAGGUCAAACCAUACAGCUCUGUGGAGAAAGACCAGCAUCGCAUUACUUUGGACCUCAUAUCUGAAGCCAAUCACUUUCCUAAAGAAACACUUGAGUUUUGGCUGAGACAUGUAGAGGAUGAAUCUGCUAUGUUGCAAAGACCAAAAUCAGACAAGUUGUGGAGCAUAAUUAUAUUGGAUGUCAUUGAGCCCUCUGGGCUCAUUCAGCAGGAAAUAAUGGAAAAAGCUGCAAUAUCCAGGUGUUUACUACAAUCUGGCGGCAAGAUCUUUCCUCAGUAUGUGUUGAUGUUUGGGAUGCUUGUGGAAUCACAGACAUUGGUAGAAGAGAGUGCUGUUCAAGGAACAGAGCGUACAAUUGGACUAAAUAUAGCACCUUUUAUUAACCAGUUUCAGGUACCCAUACGUGUAUUUUUGGACCUCUCCUCAUUGCCUUGCAUACCUUUAAGCAAACCAGUGGAACUCUUAAGACUAGAUUUAAUGACUCCAUAUUUGAACACUUCCAACAGAGAAGUAAAGGUCCACAUUUGUAAAUCUGGACAAGUGACUGCUAUUCCAUUUUGGUAUCAUAUGUGUGAUGAAGAGAUUAGGUUGGAUACUUCAAGUGAACCCUCCCACUGGAAACAAGCUGCAGUUGUUUUAGAUAAUCCUGUCCAGGUUGAAAUGGGACAAGAACUUGUACUAAGUGUUCAACACCACAAAAGCAAUGUCAGCAUUACAGUAAAGCAAUGAAGAGCAGUUUCAUAAUGAAAACUGUUAAGUACAGCAUCAGAUACAAAAUUCUUACCAGAAUUAGUGUGGUUGUAAUCAUACUGAUUGUUUAAGUUAAUUCCUUGUAACAACUGUUUUUAAAAGGAUAUUAAUAAACCAUAUUUCAAAGAACCUAAAGAGAAGUAGCAUUUUAAAAAAGUUACUGCAGAUUUAAUUUUUGGAAAAGGAUGCAUCAUUAUAAUGUUUCAUAUUAGGAAACUUUAUUUUUGCUCGGUUUUACCCAAUACCUUGUCAUUGUCAAGUGUAAGAAAAGCAAAACUUUUAAUGUUUUAGACAUUUAUACUUGGGAACAUUUAAAAGGAUCACAUUGAAGACUGAGGGUUAGGUUCACCUGUAAAUCCCCAGCUUGCUUCCUAUAAAUACCCCAUGUGCUUCUGAAACAUCUCAGGUUUUGAGAAGGCAAAUUUGAAUAAAAAUCUAAGUUAUAAGAUAAAUAUCAUUGAAGAGUAAAGAAGUUAGGGAAAAAUAAAUUUUCAGGAGGCGUUUUUUCCUUGUCUAAGGAAAAAUUAAGCUGAUUAAAUUAAAUUAGUCCUAAACCACUAGUUUUCAAAGUUUUGCUUUGUAAUAAGAAAUAGGAAUAAGAAAAUAGUUGACUCAGUUUUUAAAAUCUUUUGAAAUAGGGAGAUUAAUAAGAUCAUUUUCAGGCAUUGAAUAUGCUGUAUGCUUUUUGUAAGCAGGCCACAAGGAAAACUAAGAUAUUCUUUGCUCUGGGCUGCCUAUCCCACAUUACCUCUAUUACUGUUGAAUUACCCAGCUUUACUUCUUUUUUUUUUUUUUUUAAUAAAUUUUAUUGCGUAUAUGUGAGAUACACAUGAUGUUACAGGAUACACAUAGACAGUAAAAAGCUUAUUAGUGUGAAGUGAGUUCACAUAUCUACCAUCUGGGUUACCAGUCUUGUGUUUCUGUGGCAAGAACAGCUCAAACCUCCUCAUUAGCAUGAAUCCCAAAUAUAAUACAGUUACCUGUUGUUUUCAUGUUAUACAUUAGAUCUUCAGAUUUGUUCAUUUUUACAUUUGCUACUUUGUAUCUUCUAACCUACAGCAACCCAUUUCCUCCCCAAUGUCACUGCUCUCCCAACCACUGUUUUGUUCUCUAUACAACUUUAGAUUUUACAGGUAAGUGAAAUCAUUUUCACUGUGAUCAUUUUUCUUUCUGUGUCUGAUUUGUUUCACUUAGCAGGUUUUCCAGGCUCAUCCAUAUUGUGGUCAAGUCCCCUUCCUAAAGGCUGAAUAAUAUUCCAUUGUAUUUAUAUACCAGUUCCUUAUCCAUUUGUCUAUCAAUAGAAACACUUUCUGCACCUUAGCAGUUCUGAGUAAUGCUGUACGGAACAUGGGAGACAUCCAUGUUUUACUAUGAGGUGGUGACUUCAUUCCUUUGCGUGCAGGCCCGGAAGAGGGAUUGCUGGAUCACGACAUAGUCAUUCACUUUUAACUUCUUCAGAACCUCCAUACUGUUUUCAAUGGCUGUGUUAGUCUAUGUUCCCACCAACAGUGUUCAGAAGUUGUCUUUUCUUCACACUCUUGCCAACUCUUUUGAUAUUGUAAAUAAUAGCCAUCCCGAUGGGUGUGAGAUAUCUCAUAAUGAUUUUGAUUUGCAUUUCCUUGAUGACUGAUGGUGUUGAGCAUCUUUUCGUGUACCUGCUGGCCAUGUGUUUGGAGAAGUGUAUCAGGUCUUCAGACAAUCUUAAUAAGGUUGUUCUUCCACAAUGGAGUUGUGUGAAUUUUUUAUAAAUCUUAAUUUCUUAUCAGAUAAUAUGGUUUACAAAUAUUUUUUCCCUGUUGGUAGGCUGCCAUUUUAUUUAGCUGAUCAUUUCCUUUUGCUGUGCAGAUCUUUAUAGUUUGAUGUAUAGAUGUCUCUUGGUAUCUGUAGCCCCUUCCCGAGGAUACCAGAAUCCAGUGAUGCUCAAGUCCGUCAUACAAUGGCACAGUGUUUACAUACAACCUAAAUACAUCCUCCUACAUAAUUUAAAUCACCUCUAGAGUACUUACAUCUAAUACAAUGUAAAUGCCAUGUAAUAGUUGUUAUAGUUUAGGGCGUACUGACAAGAGGAAAAGCAUACAUUCAUGUAUAUACGAGUUUUUCUUCAGAAUAUUUUCCAUCUGUGGUUGGUUGAAUCCACAGGUGCAAAGUGUGGAUACAGAAGGCCUACUCUAGUCUGAUUUAUUGUUUUGCUUUUAUUGCCUAAGCUUUAGGUGUGAUAUCCAAAAAAAAAAUCAUUGCUAAGGUCAACAUUCAAGAGCUUUCCUCCUAUGUUCUCUUCUAAUUUUGUUGUUUCUGGUCUUACAUUUAUUCCUUUAUUCAUUUGGUUAACUUUUUUGUGUAUGGUCAUAAGGUCCAAUUUAAUUCUUUGGUAUGUGUAAAUCCAGUUUUCCUAGCACUAUUUAUUGAGACUGUCUUUUCCCUGGUAUAUCCUCUUGGUGCCCCUGUCAAAAAUUAUUUGACCAUUUAGGUUUGGAUUUAUUUGUGGAUUACUCUGUUCCACUGGUCCAUUUUAGACAGUACCAUUAAAGUUUUAUAAUUUUAUAUCAGUAAAUGUGAUACCUCCAAUUUUUUCCUUAGGGUUGUUUUAGCUAUUUAGGGUCUUCUAUGUUUCUGUAUAAAUUUUUUUUUUUUUUGACAGGCAGAGUAGACAGUGAGAGAGACAGAGAAAGGUCUUCCUUUGCUGUUCGUUCACUCUCCAAUGGCCGCCGCGGCCGGCGCGCUGCGGCCGGCGCACCACGCUGAUCCGAUGGCAGGAGCCAGGUACUUCUCCUGGUCUCCCAUGGGGUGCAGGGCCCAAGCACCUGGGCCAUCCUCUACUGCACUCCCGGGCCACAGCAGAGAGCUGGCCUGGAAGAGGGGCAACCGGGACAGAAUCCGGCACCCCGACUGGGACUAGAACCCGGUGUGCCAGCGCCGCAAGGCGGAGGAUUAGCCUAGUGAGCCGCGGCACCGGUCCUGUAUAAAUUUUAGAAGUGUGUUUUCUGUGAAUAAUGUUAUUGGGAUUGUGCUAGGGAUUACAUUGUUUAUAUUGAUUUGGGUCAUAUGGACAUUUUAACAAUAUUAAUUCUUCCAAUCUGUGAACACAAUAUCUUUCCAUCUAUUUGUGUCUUCAAUCUUUUUCAUCAGUGUUUUAUGGUUUUCAGUGUACACAUCUUUUAUCUCCUAGGUUAAAUUUAUUACUCUAUUUUUUAUAUGGGAUUUCCUUUAAAUUUCUCUUUUAGUUAUUUCUAUAUAAAAAUGUUACUGAUUUUCCUGUUGAUUUUGUAUCCUGUAACUUUACUGAAUUGAUUUAUUCUAAUGAAUUCAGUUAUUCAAGCAGUUUGUGAAAUAUUUGGGGUUUUUCUACAUGUUGCUUAGUUUUACUUUCAAAAGAAGUAUUUGGUAAUAUGAACAGAAUACUAUUAACUACUACGAACUAAUAUAUUUAACAUCAUAUAAAGGCAUGUUGAAUAUGCCAUAUAUAAAUGUAGUGCAUAAAACACAUAAAGCAAAGGUUUUGAGUAACUAUACUCCUUCUUUCCAUAUGCAACACUGUAAUGGUACUUUUUAUACUUUCUUAAUAUUACAAAAUGUUAAACAUGACCCAGUUGGUUUUGAUUUAACUAGAGAAACCUCACCCUUAAAUAGUAACUUUCUCCCAAAUAAGACCUACUUUGGUCUGAGUGUGGCUUAAUGAAUAAUUCAGACCACUCAGUAGUUGACAGCUUUAAUAGCUCUGAACAAAAGCAGUAAUUUAAUAUUUUCGCUGUGCCUUAAUCAAGAAGUUUUUGUUAAAGCAUUAAGGGUUUAUAUUUAAAGAAUGAGAGACAUAGAAAGUUGCGGGAAAAAUGAUAAAUUAUUAUUUAUUGAAAGACAUCCAGUUGAGGAGUAGAGAAAUAACUGUUAGGUAAGCUUUUAUGGCACAUGAUUAAAUUCCACUAAUUCAUUUUUCUGGAUUAUGCCUUCUAUUAAUUCCAAAGCAUUAUAUUCAUGCAGCAUGGUAGGAAGCGUUGUUUUAGAAUAAAUGUCCAUCCUCUUGCUAAAGUAAUGCGACAUCAAGAGCAUUUAGUUGGAAGUCAUCUUCUACCAUUCGAGUAUGUGGUAUUCUGAUGUUCUUAAGUCUAAGUCUAGGAAAUUUAGACAGUUUGCAAUAUAUAAAACUCAUUUAUAUAAAUCCAAUAGUUGUACCUGGUUUUCACCUAUCUUUGUGUUGAAAUUUUCCAUAAUUUAUGGCUUGUCCCAGGCACAACAUCCUGAGCUAUGGGAGAUACUGGGUAAUGGAAUAUCAUGGUUUUAGCACAGUUUUUUCAUACUGCUCAGGAGUCCAUAGAUUUAGCUGAAGGUUCUUUUUUCUCCUCCGUAGCAUCCCCAAGUACUUCAUCAGAUAGCUUGGCUGUAGUAGGAGUAGUCUGGGGAGUCACAGUGUGUCCAAAUCCUUGGUAGUGUCCCACUGGUGAAGGUGGCAUAGAAGAUGCAACAGACAUUGCAUCUUGUGAUGAUGACGAUAACAAGCUUGUAUGUUCAUUUUGAUCUUGAUCCUCAGGAAAAAAUUUUUUCCUAGGAUGUCCUCUGACUGUUCGUCCUUCAAAGUAAUAUAGAGGUUUCUGUGUUAGCCAGUUAUUUUGACCAUUGUAAACUUACCAUUCUAAAAAACGCUCCCUAUUUCCUCUACCUCCCACCUCUGCCUCUUCCAAAUUUGAAGAGCCAAUACUAUGCCACAGCUUUACUCAGUUUUCUGUUUCGUAAAUAAUACUUAAUUGCCCCUGGCAAAAAUAUUAAUAAGCCACAUAACUGGAUGAAUUAAAUGGCUGGUACUUACCAACAUGUCUUACUUGUUCAGAAAUAUCAUCUCUAAUAUCUGAAACAUCCCACAUGGCAAGAAAGGAAUCAAAACAGGAGCCCUCUUCCGCUUCUUGGACAUAUGGUUUAUACGAGAAAGUGUAGUGAUGAGCAAUAGCAGCAAGGAACAUUUCAAUACAGAUAAUAAAGUCCUGUAACAACAACAAAAAUAUCAGCCAUCUUUGGAUUUAAAUCUAGUUUUUUACAGUGUUUUCUCCAAGUACUUUUCAAAGGCACUUAAUAUAUCAACAGUUUUUUUCUUUUUCCAGAUUACAUUCAAAAUAAUUUGGUUUGGACCUUUUCAAUAAAGGACAAGAUGCCAAAAUUUAAAUCCAUUCUGCACUACUACUGAUUCUGUUAUUGACUGAAUAAUCAAAUAUUUCACAGACCCAAGGGCUAGGAGGAGAAAUGCAGAAAUAGAUCAGAAGAACAGAAUCCAGGUUUUAUUCCUGGUUCUACUAAAAUUCCAUAAUUAUGGCCAAUUGGUUCCCUGCUUCCUCAUUUGUAAAGUAAAGAUAAUAGUAGCUCCCUUGCCUGCAGGUUUUAUCAGGCUUUAUGGAGAUAUUAUGUGAAAAUGCUUAACCAGUAGUAAAGUUGAGUUAGAGACAGCACUACUUACCUGGAGUCCUGUAGCCACAGCUUCUACAGUUUGCCAUUCCCAUGUAUGCUUUUCAGAAAUAACGCCAACUUUUACCAACAAAGCAAUAACUACUGCUUGCC